AACUGCCUUCUGCCCUACGCACGCAGCUGAAUCUCCCAUCCACACUCCCACCCGAGCCGUCGUCCGGCGUUUCCAUCCUUCCAGGACCCGAAGCUAUAAAAAUACCACCGUCAUAGUUUCCUGCUAGAAGCGACUGUAGUCUAGGCUCUGCACGAGCGAACCGUUAAAGUCUUCCGACAACGAACCACUCGAGAGUAGUAUAGACCAUGGCGACUCUCGCUUGUGGACUAGUUUUUCUUUUCUUCGUAUGCUUUUCAAUGCAGUGACGUCAGAGUUCGUACUCUGACUUACUACUAGUAGAAGCGUAGCGGGUGAGCGAGAGCAUGGCGGAUUGAGUCAGAAGCUUAGUUUCGAGACGGAGUGAGGAGCAACGAGUGAGGAGUGUUCGAGUGGGGUAGUACUACUAGUGAGUUAACCGGGACUGCUUUUAAGGCGCCUGAAAAGCAACCGAGUGGGGUAGUAGUAGUGAGUUAACCGCUCAAACACAGCGCCGAGAAAGGGGGGACGCCGAUCAAAGUUACUAGCGGGCGAGAGCGGGUGAUCGCUUACUAAGUUUAGUAGACUCAGAGCCGCGAGGGAGAGCGGCAAAGGAGAAUUAGUAGAUUUAACCCACCAAACAAGGAGACGCGCCAUGGAUGCGAUCUCGUCGUGCCACCGGUGCGGCCGGUUGGGUCAUCUAUCGAGGGACUGCAACAUUAAGACGUGCUUCAAAUGCAACGGGAGGGGCCACAUGGCGUGGGAAUGCACAGCCGGCGUCACUUGCAGCAUCUGCGGCCAGACGGGUCAUCUCCAGCGCAACUGCCGAAACGUUUCCUGCCACAAGUGCGGUCGCAAGGGCCAUAUUUCCAAGUUCUGCAGCGACCCAUUUGCCAGGGCAGCAGAGGCUGAGCGGAUGGAGAGGCAGAAGGCAAUGCUGUCUGCAAGGGCAGCGCAGGCGCAGAGACAAGUGGCCCGGCGAUCAGUCAUACAUGCUACUCCGCAUGCUCCUGGCAAGGGAAUGACUACAGCUUGGGAUGGGUUAGGCCGAGCUGUGCCCCAUACCCCUCCUGUUCUGAUACUCAAGUCCCCCCCUGCUGCUAAAUCCGCUGCCAAGGGUGCUCCUGCUACUGCUGCUUCUGCUCACGACUCCACUCCUGCUCUUGCUGCCGCUGGUGCUGCUGGUUCUGGAGCUGCUGCUGCAGCUGGUUCUGAUGCUGCUGGUGUUGGUGUGAGCGUGACAGCAGUGGGAGCGAAGCGGAAGGCAGAGGAGGUGGAGGAUGAUGGGCCAGGGGGUGGGCUGAGAGGGUUGCUGGCGUAUGGAUCAGAUGACAGUGAUGAUGACGAGGAGGAGGAAGAGAGGGAUGAUCAGCAAGGGAAUGCUGAUGGUGCUGCUGGUGCCAGUGGGAAUGCUGAUGGUGCUGCUGGUGCCAGUGGGAAUGCUGAUGGUGCUGCUGGUGCCAGUGGGAAUGCUGAUGGUGCUGCUGGUGCCAGUGGGAAUGCUGAUGGUGCUGCUGGUGCCAGUGGGAAUGCUGAUGGUGCUGCUGGUGCCAGUGGGAAUGCUGAUGGUGCUGCUGGUGCCAGUGGGAAUGCUGAUGGUGCUGCUGGUGCCAGUGGGAAUGCUGAUGGUGCUGCUGGUGCCAGUGGGAAUGCUGAUGGUGCUGCUGGUGCCAGUGGGAAUGCUGAUGGUGCUGCUGGUGCCAGUGGGAAUGCUGAUGGUGCUGCUGGUGCCAGUGGGAAUGCUGAUGGUGCUGCUGGUGCCAGUGGGAAUGCUGGGGAUGCUGCUGCAAAGGCUGUGCCUGCUUCUGCUUCUGCUUCUGCUGCUGCCGCUGCUGCUGCUGCUGUUGAUGGGGAUAGCACUGGUGGGGGAGAUGGCGGCAAUGCUGCUGCGAAGGCUGUACCUUCUGCUGCUGCUGCUGCUGCUGCUGCUGCUUGUGUAGCUGCUGCUGUUGAUGGGCAUAGCACUGGCGAGGGUGCUUGUGGUGGUGGUGGUGGCGGCGGUGAUGCUGCUGCGGGUGCUGGUCCUGAUGCUUCUGGUGCUGCUGAUGUUGCUGAGAGUGCUGUUGCUGAUGCUACUGCUGGUGCUGAUGCUGAUGCUGCUGCUGCUGAUGUUGCUGUUGCUGCUGUUGCUGCUGCUGCUGCUGCUACUGAUGUUGGUGAUAGAUUGCAAUUAUCCUAGUGUGCCUGUUGAUGUUGGAGCCUGUACUGACAAUUGACGAAGAAAUGCGAGUUAAAAAAAAAACUUACGGAAA